ACUGAUGUAUUCAUCUGCUGCAGUGCAGGGGGGAAAUUGUAGUUAUCGGGACAAUCAACAAACCUUUGACUUUUACUCACUCUGAUUUACAAAACCAUAAUGGAACAAUUUCGUGGUGCGGGAGACAAAGCAGUACCAGUGAAAAUAACUGUACUACGUGGAAAUAACCUGAGGGGCAACAAGGCUGAGUCCAUUCUGAUCUAUGUGAGGGCUGAGUUCAAUGGCAUCAUCCUGGGAGAUUCCCAGAAGCUAGAUGCUGCUGUGGAUCAGGGCGUGGACUACAACUUCACCUGCAGCUUUGAGUGCUCAGAUGCUGGCCACACAUUAGAUGACAUGGCACACAAACCUGUCAUAUUGACAGUGAUUGAGUUCCUUCCCAAGGAGAAGAAGCAGAAGGAGGAGAAGACUGCAGUUAUAGGGCAAGCUAUAGUGGACUUGCUACCUAUCUUGCAUGGUCAGGUCAGCUUCUCAUCCACUGUGCUACUUCAUCCAACCCCUGGCUCACCUGCGGAUGCAGCCUCACAGGAGGGCAGCUGUAAGCCAUCUCUAGACGUGACCGUCUGUGUUCCCGAGCCUCUGCUAUCCGGCGUCCAGCUGUCUGAAUCCAACCUGCUGAAGGUUACUGUGGAGACAGCUUACUCUGUACCGGAGGUGUGGAACCCUGUCUCUGGAUCUGGUCCUCCCUGCAGCUAUGUGGCUGCCCUGCAGGUUCCCCUCACUGCAGAGAAAGAGCAGGUGCUGUUGUUCUCCAAUGGGCUGCUGAAAGUGGACGGGGAAGGUGAACCCAUGGGAAGACCCAGGAAGUGGCCCCUGGGUCCCCUGUUGGCUUCUGGAGCUCAAUUCAUACCAGGUGUCUCCAUGGAGGGCGAGCCCAUUGAGAUGGAGGAUGGGGAUCUCACCAGCAUAGAGGACAGGGAUUUCCGGAAUGAAGCGGAGACCAAUAAGAAGAGAGUGAGCUGGGACACAGAGCGUCGUUGCUUUCUGGAUGCAGAUGGUGCAGCCUGUCUGACCCGUAGGAUAGCAGAGAGCAGACUGUGGCCAGUAGAGGUCAUGAGGUCACCACAGGUUGGAGCCACUAAGGGAGGGAAGGCUGGCAAAGACAAGGGAGGUGAGGAUGAGACCCAACUCUCCUUCCAUGCAGUUGCAUACGUGGACAUGGCGCCCCUGUUGUAUCCCGGGGCGAGGCGUAUCCGUGGGGCAUACCGGCUUUACCCCUUCUACGGCUCUGACCUACUGGUCAAGCCCGGGACACAGGGGAAGUCAGCACCCAUUGGCACUGAUAGUGUGACGCUGGUUGAACCUGAACAGCAGCAACAAGUGAACACAGAGGGCCAGAUGUAUGCAGAUUCCAGAACCUACAUCAUCAUUGAAAUCGCUUUUGAGAAGUCGCUGGUGCCAAAGAGAUCACCGGAAGAGUUAGCCAAAAGGGUGAUGGAGCUGAUACCUCCUAGAGCUCCCUUGCCUCGCAGACCUGCUGGAGCAGAGAGAGCUGUGCAGGAGUACCAGGCCCAGAUAGCCAGUGUGGCAGGCCAGGUGUUGGAGCAGUACCAGCAGCUGUUCGGGCCUGCCUUCCUGCCUGGAGAGAAGCCUCUGGACCCAACCAGCCAGGAGCAGCGCAAGACCAAGCUCCUGGGAGAACUCAACUAUUCUGGGAAGUACUUUGCUUUCAAGGAGCAGAUUAAGUACUCUGUGGUGCGUAUCGUGAGAGAUAAACCUAAACCUAACCCUAACGUUGUCAGUGGAUGCCCAGGAGACUCAGCCUCGCCCCCUGGUGGACUGUGCCCAGCCAUCCACUUUGCCAAGGAGGCCCAGCUCAACGGGGACUACCAGCUAGCUGCCCAGUACUACCAGGAGCAGCUGACCCGUGACCGUAGCGACCCAGCCCACUGGUUUGACUACGGGGUGUUCUACAUGCUGACGGCUGACUACCAGAAGGCUGAGGAGUGCUUCCACUACGCUGUGUCCAUGGAGCAGACACACCUGCCCAGUUUGCUUAUGUGUGGUAUCCUGGCAGAGAUGGGUGGACGCCUCGAGGAGGCAGAGACAUUCUUUGAGGGAGCCACGUGUGUGGACCCGACCAAUGUGGUGGCCUGGACUCUGUUUGGAGAACUCCAUCCAGACAGAGAUGGCCUUCCAGAAGCCAGUGUGGUGACCGGGUCUCAGAGCUGCCAGGGCAGCAAGCCUGGGGAGGGAUACAAGGGAGGUGCUGAGGCUGAACCUAGCACCAUGCGACAUCUAGCAACCCCCACCAGACUAAACACCACAAUCUAUAUGGAGACAGUGCAGUUCCUGCUGCAGAACAACGCACUACAGAUGGCCCAGAGAGCGCUGGCCCAGGAGCUCUUGUGUCCAGAGGGGGGUCUGAGCAGCUCCUACCACCUGGUCCUGGCCCGCCUGCAGCUGCUCAGGGCAGAGUACGGCAGUGCCGAGUCCAGCCUGAAGGAGGCGGUCAACGACAGCUUUCAGGACCCAGAUGUAUGGGCGUUGUUUGGGCACAUACACCACCUGACUGGGGAGUUUGGGAAGGCCCAGAAGUGUUACGAGAGGACCCUGGACUUUGUGACGGAUGCCACAGACACACACCCCAUCUACCUGCGGCUGGGAUCCAUCUACCUGCAGGAAGAGGAGUUUCAGAGGGCGAAAACUACUUACCUGCGCGCCUGCAAGAGCACCCCCUCCUGCCUCACCUGGCUGGGACUAGGGAUUGCCUGUUACCGGCUAGGGGAGCUGACUGAAGCAGAGGAUGCACUGACAGAGGCCAACACCCUGAACAACGGGAACGCGGAGGUGUGGGGUUACCUGUCUCUAGUUUCUCUGCAGAUGGGCAGAAGACUUGAGGCAGAGCAGUCCUAUAAAUAUGCCCUGAAGUUGAACCUACAGAAAGAGGCAGUUCUUUGUGAGAUCAAGGCACUCCAAGAUCAUGUUGGCUUUGGAAAUCCAUGUUUCUGAAGAACAACAGCUGGCACCAUCAAUGAUUUAGAUUUAAAAACAAAGGUGAAUUGUGUUUCUGGUUGGCAAAUACCUAAUGGUUGGCAUCACAAAGUGACUGUGAAUUGUGGAAGGAAUUACACAUCAAUGAUUUGUACACUUGUCUCCAUCUUCAGCUAUAUCUGAUUAAAAGUUGUUACUUAUGCAUAAUGUAGGAUGUAAUAUUGUGACACAACAAAGAUGUGCUGAUCCAGAAAGAGUAUCUGUCCAGAGGUGGAAAAAGUACUCAUUUGUCAUACUUGAGUUAAAGUAAAGAAACCUUAAAGAAAAUGGCUCAAGUAAAAGUGAAAGUCACCCAGUAAAAUAUUACUUUAGUAAAAGUCUACAAGUAUCUGGUUUAAAAUGUACUUAAGUAUCAAAAGUUAAAGUAAAUGCUAUAAAUCUAAUUCCUUAUAUUAAGCAAACCAGA